AAUGAAUACUUUUCCAGUAGUUUUUAAGAUUAUAAGCAAAAUAAUCAAAACAGAUAAUACAGGGUGCCCUAAGGGUGUCUUAAGUUGUGCGAGGGAUUUAGGUUUGCUGGAGUAAACCUUACUUAUCAAGUAACCCCACAAGAAAAGUCAGGAGAAGUGAAGUCCUGCGAUCUCGGUGGCCAGUCAAAAUCGCCCUUAUUUGAGAUUAAGGAAGUUAUUCAAUAAAAACAUAAUUUACCUCAAAAUGCCGCAUCCUGUAAUACUUUCUGUUUUGCUUUAACUGAAACUGUUAAACAAAUAGACUUACAGGUAAAGGCAAUUAUAACAAAACACCUGAUCCUAUUUAAAGUUUACGUAAAGAGUAUUUUUUUUAGAAAUUAAGAAAAAUAAGUAUAGCAAAUGGUUUUUAAUGACAGCACUGAACUCAUAGCUCUUAUAUUAGAGUAUUUCUCUUGUUCUAGAACCCUCUCUUUUGAGGCCGAUACGCACCAGCCAAAAAAAAAAAAAAAUUUGUAAAUUAUCACCUGUUUUUAAUCGACUCGGUAAACUUUCAUGUGUGUAAAAUCGCAGAGCAUUUUUCAGUUGAUUGUUGUGCUUCGAGUUCAGCAGAACAGUGUGUAGUUAAUUGCUUAUCUCAGAUUCUUCGGCCGUAAAAUGGAAUUCUACUAUAGACCCGGAUCCUCUCACUGCCGUUCUGUUCUGAUGACAGCAAAGGCUUUGGGUGUGGACUUCGCGAAGAAGACGAGUAUGAACCUCCGUGCUGGGGAGCAAUUCACGCCGGAAUACCUAAAGAUCAAUCCGCAGCACACAAUCCCCACUUUGGUCGAUGGUGGAUUGUCUCUGUGGGAAUCCCGGGCAAUCAUGGUUUAUUUGGUGGAGAAGUACGGCAAGGACGACAAGCUCUUUCCCAAGGAUGUUCAGAAGCAGGCUUUGAUCAACCAGCGUUUCUACUUCGACAUGGGUACUCUCUACAAGAGCUUCGCCGAUUAUUAUUAUCCCCAGAUCUUCUUCAAGAAGCCCGCUAACGAGGAAAACUACAAGAUGAUCGAGGUUGCCUUCGAGUUUCUGAACACUUUCCUGGAAGGACAAACCUACACCGCCGGCGAGGACUAUAGUUUGGCCGAUAUUUCCAUCUUGGCCACAGUUUCCACUUUCGAUAUGGCCGGCUUUGAUUUUAAGCGGUACUCCAAUGUGGCUCGGUGGUACGAGCAUGUAAACAAAAUCACUCCCGGUUGGGAGGAAAACUGGGCUGGUUGCCUGGAGUUCAAAAAAUACUUCGAUAACACACGAAAUUUUUUUAUGCGGUUAUCUUUGGUAGAUUUUCUUGUGUGUAUAAAACCGACUAAAUCGCAGAGCAUUUUUCAGUUGAUUGUCGUGCUUCAAGUUCAGCAGAACAGCGGUCUCUUAAUUGCUAAUCUCAGAUUCUUCAACAGUAAAAUGGAAUUCUACUACCGACCCGGAUCUUGUCCCUGUCGUUCUGUUCUGAUGACAGCAAAGGCUUUGGGUGUGGAGUUCGCCAAGAAGACGAUUAUAAACACCCGUGCUGGGGAGCAAUUCACGCCGGAAUACCUGAAGAUCAAUCCGCAGCACACGAUCCCCACUUUGGUUGAUGGCGGAUUGUCUCUGUGGGAAUCUCGGGCAAUCAUGGUUUAUCUGGUGGAGAAGUACGGCAAAGACGACAAGCUCUUUCCCAAGGAUGUUCAGAAGCAGGCUUUGAUCAACCAGCGCUUCUACUUCGACAUGGGUACUCUCUACAAGAGCUUCUCCGAGUACUAUUAUCCCCAGAUCUUCUUCAAGAAGCCCGCUAACGAGGAAAACUACAAGAAGAUCGAGGUUGCCUUCGAGUUUCUGAACACUUUCCUGGAAGGACAAACCUACACCGCCGGCGAGGACUAUAGUUUGGCUGAUAUUUCCAUCUUGGCCACAGUUUCCACUUUUGAUGUUGCCGGCUUUGAUUUUAGACGGUAUUCCAAUGUGGCUAGGUGGUACGAGCAUGUGAAGAAACUCACUCCCGGUUGGGAGGAAAACUGGGCUGGUUGCCAGGAGUUCAGAAAGUACUUCGAUAACUGAUAUUUUGAAUCUCGCAGAUCUGUUGCUUCAUCUUAUCACCAAAAAGUGUUACGUGGAAUAAACCUUUAAUAAAAUCUAGGCCAUAGUCACGUUUUGUCUGCCUUAGAUAAAAAAGUAAAAUUUUAGAAUUAAAUUGUGAACCAGUUUUACAGUA